CAUGUCUGAACUGUUACUAAUGUGUAUGCUUGUUAGCUUGUCUGCUUAAAAUUUUGCUGCUCAAUAAUGAACUGUUUCAAAACAUUUUGAGGAAUUUGAUAUGUUUUAAUUCAAAAUUAAAACUUGUUAGAAAUGAGUACAGUUCAUUAUUAUUGCCUUAUUUAAACUAACCACUAUGUACCUACCUUAACCCAUGUAUAGGGCUGUCAUUGAUGGAAAUUUUUGUAUCGAUAUAUCAAGUUAAAUAUCGAUGAUAUAUCAAAUUAAAUAAGUACAGUGAUAAAUGUUUGAAUAUAUGUUUUAAACUGUGAUCAUAAGUUAUACAUGCCUCUUCUAAGCACCAAAAUUUUUUUUAAAAAAUUACAGAAAGAUUAUUUUCCAGUUGAAUUCCUUAAUGACAUCUAAAAUGAAUUUAGUUUUAUAUGAAAAUCAUACACAAGUGAAUUAGCUAUUGAAACCACUAGCCUCCAGAUAGUCGAAUGAAAAAAAUGAAAUGAAAUUUUUAUUAACCGGCAAAUACUGAUGUACUUGGGUUUAAUGUGCAAAUCCAUUAUUACUGACAUCUUAAUUCAAGGAGGAAAGUGGACAGAAUCGUCAAUAUAGCAUACUUUUCAUUUGCAUGAUCUAUUACGUUACUAACGUAGUAGCCAAUAUAAAUAUGAGAAUAUAAUUCAUUUAUCUCGGUCACGUGUCACAACAUUGGUCCGGAAAAAUCCUGGUAUCUGGUAUGCCCUGAGUCGUAUAUAUCAACUAUCGUCAUUGAGUAAAGCCUUACUCGUAUUUCAAGCUAAAAUUUUAAUCGAUAAAUCGGUCAUCAUAUAUAUUAUAUAAUAAAUAAAUUAUAGUUUUUAGGGCCACACAUUAUUACAAAUAUCAAAACAAAGGUAGUUACUUGUUUUCCUCUAUGUUUUUAUAUGAUCCAGGUUUCCAUGCAGUCGGGAUCACAGGCCGCUAUUGUGCCUUGUACAAUCAAUUGGUACUGGCAAAAAAACCUGGAUGAAAGAAUUCUGUAGUGUAAUAAAAGAAGGUGUUUCCCUUUGGCAAAAAAAGCGAACUGUUUGUUUUCAGAGCAAUAAUGUUAAAAUAUGAACAUUUUAGAGUUUCAUUUCGAUUACUUUCAACUACGUAAUGUUGUUGAAGAGGGAUUUUGAGAAUUUUCUGUUAUCUUCUGGAGGCCUGCUGCUGCAAGACAAAGUAGAAAUAUAGUUUCAUAAGGCCAGUAGAAAUAGAUUUUACAUUGUAUCGAUAUUCUAAAUUGUGUAUCGAUUUGUAUCAAAUGAGAAUAUCGAUGAUGUAAUCUAUAUCAUGAUAAUCAAUGACAGCCCUACCCAUGUAUCAAUUGUUAAUUCUGUAACCAAACUAACUUUGCUAUUUAGUGUUGUAAUCUUGCCAAACCUUUAACUCUGCUAGCAUGUAAAAUGGAUAUUAGAUAUUUAUAGGCCAACAAUUGAAAAGUAUUUCAUUGCAACUGAUACAAUAUGUUUUAUAAACAAGUUAAAUAAAUGGUUUACUACGUGACAAUGUAUGCAAGAUUCGUUUAAAUUACUUAAUACUCAAUGUCUGUUGUUGUUUUCUUAUCUCAACUUCGCAUUUCAAACCAUAAGAGUAAGCCUGUUAUUUUUACACUCACUUGAAGUUAAGUUGCAACAAAUACUGUUUGAUUAUUGGCCUUUAAUAAGUAUUAGUCUAGAUAAUGGUGAUGGAACUGGCAUGUUUUUUUUUUCUUUUAAACAUGAAGGUAAGUUCAAGUGACAGUGACACCAACCAUGAUGUUAAAGAUAGUUUCUCGCAAACAGAGUUGUGUGCAAUUGAUGAAACUGUAAAUCUUAAAUUCAAAACGCUACCCACUAAUCAGUGUUUGUCAAGAAAAUUGAGCUUAUUUGAAUAUGAAAAUACACUUGACUUUCAACAGUCACAAACAACAGUAACAGAUUCAUAUGCACAAACUUCCUGUUACGGCACAACUUUGGAUGACAGGGGAACACAGAGUGAAGUUGAAUGGUCACUGGUGAAUAUAAGAAAUCUGACAGUAGCUAUAGAUGACCAUGACAGCUUAUGUAAUGGUUUUAAUCCAAAUUUUCAUGAAGUAAAUUUGUCCCCUGAACAGUUUUCUUUACAAACAGAAAUUGACUUGUUUAAAAUUGAUAAAAUGGAAAAAGAGUGCCAAACAAUUAUCUCAAUAAAGUGAAUUGAAAUUACAGUUUAAGUAUUAUUUCAUCAUGGUUUCAAAAGGCGAACUGGUUGAAUGUAUUCAAUGUCAAGGCUUAGCUUAUGCAGUUAAUUGGUUUGAAAGUAAAGAUGACUGUUGUUUGAAAGCUGCUCACACAGCAUUUAGGUCAAAGGUUGCGAAAGUUUAUUCUGAAUACAGAACACUAAGUAAAAAUAAAAAAAAACCUGGUCACGAACAGCGUCUAAAAUCAUUUAAGUCUGAACUAGCUACAUUUCCUCAGGCAGGCAAGCCCAAAAAACCUAAAGUUGAUGAAGUUGAUUUUGCUGAAAAAGGUGUGUUCCUUGAGAAUGUCUCAGCACUGAAAGACAUGUCCAUGGAGUUAGCUGAUGAAGUACAUAAGCUUAAAAAUGAAAAUAAAAGUCUACUUGAAGAAGUUAAAAGUCUGAAAGCUAAAUGUUUGGCACAAAAACAAUCAAAAAUCAAGCUACUUGAAAGGAAAGAAACAGAAAUGAAUAAACUGAACAAGAAAAAAGAACAACAUUUGAGAAAAUUAAUUUUAACUAAAACAAACCAGUUGAAAAGGCAGCGUCUGUCAGUAACUUAUUAUGAAAAAAAAGCAAAUCGAUUAAGUGAUGAAAACAAAAAGCUAAAUGAUGAAAAUGAAGGCUUAAAGCAAACACUAGAACAAAUUACGAUUGAAAGUGAGGUAAGAGAUAGAAUAAUUGAGCUGCUGGAGAAGGAUAAAAGAGAUGCAAAAGCUGAAAUUGAAUGGCUAAGCCAAAUGUGUGAACAGACUAUCAUAACAUUCAAUGAUGACUUAAGAGCAUAUACACCAGAAAUGCAACAAUGUGUGUAUUCUUUACUUCAACAUAAUGUUUCCACCACUAAGAUACCUUUAGUAAUACGUGAUGUGUUGAAACUUGCUAAAAUGGAUGCUAGUCAUUUACCAUCAAAAAGCACAUGUAAUAAUAUGAACAUACAGCGGCUUCAUUUGGCACAACAACAAAUUGCUGAAGACCUUCCAGCAAAAAUGAACACCUGUCUUCUAAGUGAUGAGACAUCGAAGUUUGGACAGAAAUAUGAAGGAUUUCAUGCUGUAGAUGACUCUGGGCGAAUAUGGGUUCUUGGACUACGACAGAUGGCCACUAAAUCGGGACAGAGUGCACUUGACACUUUCAAAGAAAUUUUAAGUGACAUUGAUGACUCGUUCAGUGAAGCUGGAAGUCAUGUGUCUGAAAAAAUAUUAAUGAAUAUCAAUGCUACUAUGUCUGACAGGGCAGCAACCCAAAAGAAAUUUAAUGAGCUUUUAGAAGAUUUUCGAAAAGAUGUGCUGAAACAAAAUACUGAAUGGGAUGGAUUAUCUGAAAAUGAAAAAAAUUCCAUGAGUAGACUAAUGAACUUUUUUUGUUCUUUGCAUGUUCUUGUGCACCUUGCAGAGGGGGCAGAAAAGGCACUACUAGAAACGGACAAACUUCUGUUUGAGGAAGCACCCAUUUAUGACACAAGUUUCAAAAAACCAUCAGAGUCUGGAACAACAAGACUUAUAAGAUGUUGUUCAAAAUCUUUUGCUAGGGGCGGUGAUGAGAAGAAUGGUGUUCAUGGACCAUUUACAGCAUAUGUCAGUGACUUUCUGAAAGAGAAUGGUUUCGUUACUGUGCCUCUUGAAAGGUUCAGAGGUAAUAGAUUUAACAUUCUUUUUAACAAUGCAGCAGCUGUUUAUUUUUUGUCUGAGAAAUUUAUAGAAUACCUUGAAGGUGGUGACACUAAUAGACUAUUGAAAGCUGUCAAACAUGACCUCAAUGUACCGCAGUACCGUGCAGGUUGCCGUGCACUAGGACUUGUGUCUGAACUAAUAACAAAACCUCUCUGGUGUCUUAUCGAAAAUACAGAGAUCAACAUUUUAGACAUGCAAGACCAUUAUAAAGAACUAAUGGAUUACAUGGACAGUAUGAAUGCUGAACAAUUCAUGAGUGGAAAUAGCCUGCUUACAUUUGCUUACAAUGAACAACUAGCCAUGUCUCCAAUUUUCCAGUCACUCAUUAAAUCUACAGACAUUGAUGAAAAUGUUGUAACUGUGUUAUCAGUGCUAAUACCAACGUUGAAAAAUGUUCUUCAGUCUUUGCUAAAAGACUAUCUUCCUGGUGGGGAGUGGUAUAACUGCGAUGAAGGUGUGAAGGAAAAAGUGAAAGGAACACCAAAACAUAAUAAGUUCAGUGAAACAGUUUUUGGUCAGUUAGAUAGAUUACUAAGAGAGAAGCCAAACAUCACCAUUCUAACAGGAGAAGCAAUAAUUGCUUUUAGCCACAAUAAGACACUGGACUGGAUAAUGUCUAAACCUGAGAAAGAAAGAGCAGAAUUAUGUAUUUCAGCAAGAAAAAAGACUAAAGAACUGAGACAAAAAUUUAAGGUCCGUGUAAAUGAAAUAAAGAUAGAAAUGAAGAGAAAUGUUGAACUUAAACUUCUGAAAGAGAAAGAACUACAACAAAGGAAAUUACAGAAACAAGAAGAACUUGUGAAUGAAAUACAACUCUGGGGACUUUGGCAGUCACAAGAAGAAGUGGAUAGUGCAAUUUCAAGAGAAAAAACAAAGACGGGCACAUUGUCAGCAUUAAAAUGUCAGCUGAAUUUCAGGAAACUUAUUCUCAAACAAGUCUCAGACAACAAAUCAAUAUACUCGUUCAGUAAGAAAGUUGGGGACAAAAGAGUAAAUCUUAACAUUGAGGAACUAGCUAAAAAUGUGAAGCAAUUGGUAACUGAUUCUUAUAGCAAGCCAUCCACACAGCCUGAAAAUUCCCCAUUGCUUGUUGGCCAGAAAGUCCGGCACAAGUUCAUGGAAAACAAUAACUUGGUGCAGUACAUAGGUCAAGUUAUAUCGCAGGUCCCGGGGUACAGUGAUUGGUACAACAUUAAAUACUCCGGGGAUCCAGCCAUAUACACCUACCAGCUCCUUAAAGACUAUAGCAAGGGAGAUCUUGAGUUGCUUGUUUAGUGUAUUGACAUAGUUAAAUAAGAUUUUAACAUUCAACUGUUGUUUCUCUAACUUCUGGUCAAUACUUGCAAUCUAGGACAAUACUGGAGUCACAUUUGUUGCUUGGUAUUAGUCAUAUAUUAAAUGAAUUACAAAUAGAAUUUCUUGCUAAGCUUUAUUGUGGGGUAAUUGAUACGCAUCCUGUGACAGUAUAAGCAGAGCACCAGUGUAAUAAUUCAUUCUGGAACACUUCUGGAACACUUUUUUUCUGGUUUUCACAAGGUAAUUAGAAAGUUGAAUAAGUAAGCGCUGGAACAUCCGAAAAAUGGCAGACAAAUUUUGAAAAAUUGACAUUUUCAAAAAUUAAAAAAAAAUACUUAUUAAUAAAGAAAUUUAAUUUUGAUAAUUUUUUUGUGUUUCUCAUUGUAUUCCCUAACAGAAACAACAAAGAUUUGCAUGGUUAUAAAAUUUGUUUUAAAAUCGGCUGUCCUGGCUAAC